UUUUAAUAUAGUCUGUGUUGGAAUCCUUAUUUAUAAUUUGCAGUCUGUCAAACACAUCCAUCUCUUUUCUGUUAACUGUCAAACGACGGAUACACAGUUUUCACAAUGGGUCGUGUCAGGACUAAAACCGUAAAGAAAGCAGCCAAAAUCAUUAUCGAGAAGUAUUACACAAGGCUUACUCUUGAUUUUGACACCAACAAGAGAAUAUGUGAGGAAAUCGCAAUAAUUCCAACCAAACCCCUUCGUAACAAAAUUGCCGGGUUUGCCACCCACUUAAUGAGACGUCUCAGACAUUCCCAAGUCCGAGGAAUCUCCAUCAAGCUGCAGGAGGAGGAGCGUGAGAGACGUGACAACUAUGUUCCAGAAGUCUCCGCCCUGGAACAUGACAUCAUUGAAGUUGAUCCUGAUACCAAGGAGAUGUUGAAAAUGCUUGACUUCAACAACAUCAAUGGUCUUCAACUGACGCAGCCCGCUACCCAGGGUGGCUAUGGUGGCAGACGUAAUUAAGGAUAAUAAAAAUUAAGAUGUA